CCUCAAGUAACUUUUAAGACAAACUCUCUCUGUCUCUCCCAUCCUGCAAUACAAAAUGUUGUCCAUGGCAACUCCGUUAACUGUCUAUACUACAUUCACUUUGCAUUUUGGCCACCAUAAAUCCUCCGACACCACCAUUUGCUUUAAGGCAAACCCCAGUUUGAAGAAAAGAACGACACCCACCUUCAAAGGCGGAAGACUAACUGCCUCGGCAGCACUCACGGCUGAAACAUCCUCAGAGACGGAGGCACCACCCAUUACGGUUCCUCAAAAGUAUGAGGUGGCGGUGAAGCAAGUUGGGAAGCCCAGGAUGGUUCUGAAAUUCAUAUGGAUGGAGAAGAACAUAGGGUUGGCACUUGAUCAAGUCAUACCUGGCCACGGCACUGUUCCUCUCAGUCCCUAUUUCUUUUGGCCUAGGAAAGAUGCUUGGGAAGAGCUCAAGGCCACUCUUGAAAGCAAGCCCUGGAUUUCCCAGAAGAAGAUGAUUAUUCUUCUCAAUCAGGCCACUGAUGUCAUCAAUCUCUGGCAGCAAAGUGGUGGCAACCUUUCCCAGAGCUAGAAUAUGUUAUCUUCUUAUUCAUUCUUUUUUCUUCUUUUGAUUUGCAGUGCUGAUGGAUUUGUUUAAUCAACUGAAUUUGAGAAUUGUUGUUGGUUUUA